GGGGGCGGGGCCGCCGCGGCUGCAGCGGCAAGCGCGGGGCCAGGGGGCGCCUCGCGAGGCAUCGGCUCGCGAGGGCUAUGCAGUGAGACAGGACCGGCGGGCGGGCGGGCGCGCGCGGGGCGGGGGCCGCAGCCGCGCUGCAGAGAUGUGACUUGAGGCCGAGAACCAGCAGGAGCGUCGGCGCUGCGUGGCCGCGGGGGUCGAGGGAAAGAUGAGAACCCACCAGGUGCUGGCCUUCCUCCUGCUCUUCGUAAUUGCCUCCGGGGCUUCUGAGAACUCAAGCACGUCCCGGGGCUGCGGAUUGGAUCUCCUCCCUCAGUACGUGUCCCUUUGCGACCUGGACACCAUCUGGGGCAUCGUGGUGGAGGCGGUGGCCGGGGCAGGCGCCCUGAUCACGCUGCUCCUGAUGCUCAUCCUGCUGGUGCGGCUGCCAUUUAUCAAGGACAAGGAGAAGAAGGACCCCGUGGGCCUCCACUUCCUCUUCCUCCUGGGGACCCUGGGCCUCUUCGGGCUGACGUUCGCCUUCAUCAUCCGGGAGGACGAGACUAUCUGCUCGGUCCGCAGGUUCCUCUGGGGCGUCCUCUUCGCGCUCUGCUUCUCCUGCCUACUGAGCCAGGCGUGGCGUGUGCGGAGGCUGGUGCGCCACGGCAAGAGCCCAUCCGGCUGGCAGCUGGUGGGCGUGGCGCUGUGCCUGAUGCUCGUGCAGGUCAUCAUCGCCAUCGAGUGGCUGGUGCUGACCGUGCUGCGCGACGCGAAGCCGGCCUGCGCUUACGAGCCCAUGGACUUUGUAAUGGCCCUCAUCUACGACAUGGUACUGCUUGUGGCGGCCCUGGGGCUGGCCCUCUUCACGCUGUGCGGCAAGUUCAAGAAGUGGAAGCAGAACGGGGCCUGCAUUCUGGUCACGGCCUUCCUCUCUGUGCUCAUCUGGGUGGCCUGGAUGACCAUGUACCUCUUUGGCAACGCGGAGCUGCGGCAGGGAGACGCCUGGGGCGACCCCACCUUGGCCAUCACACUGGUGGCCAGCGGCUGGGUCUUCGUCAUCUUCCAUGCCAUCCCUGAAAUCCACUGCACCAUUCUGCCGGCCCCGCAGGAGAACACGCCCAACUACUUCGACACGUCGCAGCCGAGGAUGCGGGAGACGGCGUUUGAGGAGGAUGUGCAGCUGCCGCGGACCUACAUGGAGAACAAGGCCUUCUCCAUGGAUGAACACAACGCAGCUCUCCGAACAGCGGGAUUUCGCAAUGGCAGCUUGGGAAACAGACCCAGCGCUCCGUUUAGAAGCAAUGUAUAUCAGCCGACUGAGAUGGCCGUUGUGCUCAAUGGAGGGACCAUCCCAACUGCUCCGCCAAGUUACACUGGAAGACACCUCUGGUGAAAGACUUAAGUUCCAGAGAAUAAGAAUCUCUCUUACCGAUUUUAUUCCCUGGCUGUGUCUUUCUUGAGGGAGAAAUCAGUAACAAUAGCCAAACAAGGCUGCCUCACAGCCAGGAGAUCUAGAAAUCCUGCACAAGGGGAUUUCGUGUAAAUGUGAACACUGCUGAACUGAAAAGCUAACACUGACUGCCCUCUCGCCCCCUGCCACACACACACACAAACACGUAAUACCAAACCAACCUCAAUCCCUGCAAACUAAAGCAAAGCUAAUUGCAAAUAGUAUUAGGCUCACUCGAAAAUGUGGCUGGGCAGACUGUUUCAUCCUCUGGGGGUAGAACAGAACCAGAUUCACAGCCAGUGGGCCAGGCUGGUGUGGGUUGGUUGUGGAGGUCCCCCACACCAUUGCCCUCCCCAGCGAGUAGACCCCAGGUGGCCUCUUGGAGAUGACUGUUGCGUUGAGAGGACUAAUGGGGACUGUUCCAUCAGCUUGCCUGUUUGCACGUUUCAGGGGGUCAGGAGCAGUUAAGGAGUUGUGGGUGUGAUUCCAAGGUGAGUCCCAACCGAAUCAUGGGGUGAGCUUUCCAACCAGUGGUGGUGGAGGGAUCCUGGCAUGUGCCAAUACAGAGAAGGCUAUCUGGGAAUUGAAGUGACCAUCACAUUUAGAAAGUGGUGACCCACCACCGUGCCCUCUGUGGGCCUCCUGCUCCAGGUUAACGGCCGGAAAACAAGCCCGCCUCCCUGCUUGGUGGAGUCACAGCAGUAUUCCGGCUUGGGGCAGCAGUUUCUUUUUCCCCCUCCGCCCGAGCUCUUUCCCAGGCUUUUAUUCCCAUGUUCAUUUCAAAAACUUAGAUGGACCAUCAGCUUCCAGCCCCCUGGGCUGGCAGGCCAGAAGGCAGGUGCCACAGCAGAUUUUCUGUGAUGAUGUCUCGUAGCAGGGCCUCCCCGGGGAGAGAGGACACGCUGCUGCCUAGCACGCAGCGAGUUCUCCGAUCUCAUACGUUGAUGGAGUGCAAGUUCCAGGGCGGGUGGAGCACUCGAGGGGCUCUUGCUGUCUUGGAGAGUAUGUGGGGCAUUUUUGACUUGUUUUUCUGUAAGUUCCAUGAAAAUGAUUCUCUUCAAAGCCCAUUGUUUCUGUCAUGGUUUCCAUCCGUCCUAAGCAAGUCAUUCCUUUGUUAUUUGGCAUUUUGAACAUCUCGGCCAUUAAAAAGCCCCAUGUUCUCUGCACUGUUUGGCCAGCAUAAUCACUAGCAGUGAUUCGAAGCAAAGAAUUUUAACCUGAUGGCAUGAAAUGUAUAAGUGAGGGUGAGCCCUUUGGCAUCUACGCUAAUGACUCUGUUGCUUUUUCUAUAAAACAACCCAUAAGCCUUUAACCUUUAUAAAGAAAAUGAAAAAGGUUAGUGUUUGGUGGGGGGGGGGGGGGAAACUGACCUCUUCAUAAGCCAAUAUGUCUGAGCUGUUUUAAUAAACCUGAUUUUUCUCAAGGCCCUAGUCUCUGCUGUGUCCCGUCCUCGUCACAGUCCCCCUCCCCCCCUGCAACCUUUCAGAGCAGCGGGGUAAACAAGGCCAAUUUGGCGGUCCCUAUGCGGUCAACUUCGAGUUUUCCUUCCAGCCAGCGUACUUCCUUGAGUUGCCAUGCAUGGGGAAGAAAAAGCAUGGCAGCAGAAUGCCACCUGUACCUGACCUUUGGGAAACAGCCCCACCCCGGCCCACAGCAUGUGCUUGCUUCUAGAGAAUCAGAUUCCAGUCCUCUCUCAGAGGAGCAUCAUUGGUGGACUGGAAACCUGGAGUACUGGGGAGGGGAGGGAGGGAAAGAAACUAGGACCUGGGGUGGGGAUGGGGGCGGUUGCAUGCAGUCCCAGGAUUCUGAGAAUACAGAAAUCUCCAAACACCUCGGUCCAGUCCAGUGAAAAACGACAGCAUUACACAUUCUCGUGCCAGGAAAUGGUUGCUUACCCCCGCUCUCUGGAGUCCUUUGGAGCUCUCUGAUCCCAUCAGUGAUUCCGUCUGCAAGAGCCCCCCCUCCCUUGCAGAAGGGAGCAAUUCACCUGAGCGUUUCCCCUCUCAGUUCUUGGUCCGGGCAUAGAAGGUGAGCAUGGUAUAAAUGGCUAUAAAGGGAAAGUAAUGUUUCACCAACAUAAAAAUGGAACCAGCUUCGAGCCACAGGAAACCUCACUUGAUGAGACCUUUCUCCCCCCCCUUUCUUUUUAAAUCUAUGAUAUGUUAUCGUGCUUCUGGGUUUUGUCUUAUUUUGGCUUUAAGGUUGAGAGUGGGCUGGAUGCCCUCUCAAUGGGGCAGGGGGGGGAGUGAGGGCAGAGAGCAGAGAAUGGGUAUUUUUCUAAUGACUCCACCUGAAGGGUACAAAGAGACCUCUUCGCCAAGAGACUGUGGCCACUAGCUGCCCCCACGGAGCAAAGUUUAAAUACGAAAUCAAAUAGCACCUCUGUUUAAGAUCUAUUUAUGUAAACAAUUGUUGAGGGAACAUAACCUGGAAGGACAGCAUCUGUGAUCAAAAUACCUAAUUGUAAGCACAAAUCUUUCUGUGUCCGGUUAUUAAAAUCACUUUGGGACUAUAAUAGCCACUCUCGUCCCCCCUUUUAAUAGAAAAUGGUCAUUCUAUCCUGGAUUUCUCCACUGGAUAUGGAGGGUGGGGAGCGAGGGAAUCAGCUCAGAGAACUGACAAACUGGGAAGUUCUGGGGAUCCAGUGCUUUGAGUACAGAUUGUGUCAGGGCCCACUGAACAAGUGUAAACUCGGGGUGAUCUAGGUUGGCCAAUGCUGAGUUAAACCCCAAACUGAAAGGGAGCGUUGUGGCUUUUAUAAUCCAAUGAUGCAAUGAUUAUACCAGCUUACAGGAGUUCUCAGCAGGUGCUUUUUAUUAAUUGAUAAAGAGCUAAGGCUCAUUUUUGAUAGAUAAUAUAUAUUUAUUAAAUGUAUUAAUGUGUGUUUUAUAAUGUACCUUUAUCCUCCCCUGGCUGACUGUUGCAUACUUAUUAAAAAAAAUCGUUAAAGAAAUUUCAAGACAAUCAAUGUGUACCAUAAAUGACUGUAUAUAAAUAUUACAAAUUUAAAGGUUGUAAAGCAUGGGCAGAUAGGUUUUAUUUUCAAAAUGCUGUUCUUAACACAAAAAUAAAGGCAUUACUAUUUACUUAAA